UGUUGUUGUUGUUGUUGCUUUGAAUUGGACUGCAGCAUUUUUCUGUGUUGCUAUGGUCGGCAGCAUCACUGAAAAUUCGUUCUCUCUUCCCUGCAUAUAAAUAGCCUAAAAAAAAAUAUAUUAAAUAAAAUAAACCAAAAACCCAAAAAGUAUUAGUUGAAGAUUCAUACUCGGAUUCAUCGUUUUUUUUUAUGGUUAUUGUUUUAUUGGAUGCCCUUUCAUCAGAGAGGUCAGUGACGAUGUCAGCCACGUGCUGGACUUGGUGCUAAGAGCUAGAGCCACUCCAACUCCCAUCAAAGAUCGGAACCAACAUUCUAGAGAAACCCUGAGUGGCCGAGAGACGGUGACCUGAUGGUUGAGGCCUGCGAAGAUGCCCUCAGCCAACACCGAAGACUUGCGGCGAAAGUUUCUAGUGGUGCAGCAGCAGCGCUCCGCACCGCCCAACCUCACCGGCGACAUCGGUCAACCGCCCCCCCAUGCCUCGGCCACCUCCGCCACCACCAGCCUGAUGAUGACAGCGCCCGCGGGCUCUGGGGGUCUUGGAGAGCCGGAACGGACCUAUGUCUUUCCCGGCGGCAAUCCGGUGGUAGGUAGCGCACCCGGUGGCGGUGGGGGGCAGGGCAUACCCGGCGUGGCAGUGGCGACUGCAUCGCGGGGACACGCCCGCUCCAUUAGCCAUGGCGGAGGAGCCAUCGUGGGCGCCAAUGGCAGGCCCAUCAAGUCGGCCAUGAAGGGCCACCAGCGAGCCUUCUCCCAGGGCCAGAUCACUGACUCACCGCCUGGGAGUGCAGCGCCCACGGGGCGGGGUCACAGCCGCGUCGGCUCCAAGACCGACUUCAUCCUGCCCCCCGGCCACAAGGAGGAGCCGGUGCGCGAGCCCUCGGCCCCCACCUCAGCGACAGGGGGACGCGGCCAUUCCCGCCAAGCGUCGCGCUCCGAAUCGAUAUACACGCUCCGGCGGACGGAGGAGCCGCCCUGGUGGAAGCGGUUCACGCUCUGCAACUACACCACCAGCGACAAGUUCGAGGAGCGCAGCUACCGGAUGGUGGUGCCCAAUCACACAGUGCCGCCCAAGACCCCCAAGCGGGACCAUCCCAAUGGCCACUUUGUGGGCAACAAGAUCCGGACGACCAAGUACACCCUGCUCUCGUUCAUCCCGAAGAACCUGCUGGAGCAGUUCCAUCGGGUGGCCAACCUGUACUUCAUAUUCAUCGUCCUGCUGAACUGGGUGCCGGAGAUCAAUGCCUUUGGCAAGGAGGUGGCCAUGAUCCCGGUGCUGUUUGUCCUGGGGGUGACGGCGGUGAAGGAUCUGUUCGAGGAUCGCAGGAGGAGGGCGUCGGACAAGAGGAUCAACAACACCACCUGCAGGGUGUAUGAUGGGGAGACGGAGCGGUACAAGAAGGUAAAAUGGCAGGACCUGCGUGUCGGGGACAUCGUCCACCUGUCCAACAACGAGACCGUGCCGGCGGACAUACUCCUGCUGCGGACAAGUGACCCCCAGGGGGUCUGCUACAUAGACACCUGCGAUUUGGAUGGCGAAACCAAUCUGAAACGUCGCGAGGUGGUGCGCGGAUUCGAGGAGAUGCAGAGCAUUUUUGUGCCCAGCAAGUUUGUGAGUCGCGUAGAGGCGGAUGCGCCGACAACGAAGCUAUAUAGAUUCCAUGGGGCCUUAAUCCAUCCGACUGGGGAGCGUGUGCCCAUAUCGACCGAGUGCCUUUUGCUGAGAGAGAGCAGACUGAAGAAUACGGACUAUAUCGAGGGUAUCGUGGUCUAUGCUGGACAUGAAACAAAGUCCAUGCUGAACAACAGUGGUCCGAGGUACAAGCGCUCCCAGGUGGAACAGCAAAUGAAUAUUGAUGUGAUAUGGUGUGUGAUAAUAUUGUUGCUACUCUGCGUGGUGGGAGCCAUCGGAUGCCGCAUGUGGCACAGCUCCAUCAACUUCCCGGUGCCCUACGUACCGAACGAAGUCAACGCCGACGUGGAGGGCGUGUGGUCCUUCUGGAGGUACAUCAUCAUCCUGCAGGUGAUGAUACCCCUGUCGCUCUAUGUGACCAUCGAGCUGUGCAAGAUCCUGCAGGUGUUCCACAUCCACAACAACAUCGAUCUCUACGACCCCGACACCAACAAGCAGACCGAGUGCCGGGCCACCAACAUCACCGAGGAGCUGGGCCAGAUCCAGCACAUAUUCUCCGACAAGACGGGCACCCUAACCGAGAACAAGAUGAUCUUUCGACGGUGCGUGGUGAACGGAGCGGACUACAACCAUCCGCCCUCCGAGCUGGAGGAGAUGUACACGAAGCCGGGAGCUCCGGCCCCGCCCCUGCUGCCCAACGACAACCUGAUCAGGGACAUGGCCCAGCUGACGCCGGGCUCCUAUCUGUCGCCGCCAGCGCAGCGCAUCCAGGAGUUCCUCAUGGUGCUGGCCAUCUGCAACACGGUCAUCGUGGGCGCCGCCCCGCACCGGGACCUCAUGAACGCCAGCGGGAUCAUCGAGGUGCAGCAGACGGGCAGCAGUCCGGCGACCCUCAAGCUCACCAAGCAGCGCCAGAAGCUGCUGGCCAGCACCACCACCACCACCACGACCACAACGAUCCUGAAUGGACCGGCGCCCCAGCAGCCAGCCUCCAUUCCAGCCGAUCGCUACAUCCGCCUGGCGGAGUCUCGAUCCGUGACGCCAUCGCCGCCGCCCAACCUGCUCUUCGCCCUGCCCGCCCAGAGCCACCAGCCCACGCUGUCGCCCAUCAGCAGCUCGGCGGAGUCGUCGCCCAAUUCGGAGUCCGAGUCGCCAUCCCCUCCAAUGAAGAACAAGGCGCUGUCGAGCAGCAUAUCCCCCACGGGAAGGGCCAAGGCGGUCAUCAACUCGAAGAUCACCAGCAUAGCCACCUUCCUGAAUGCCAAGACCCAGGGCAAGCGGAUGAAGAUGACUUCGACCAAGUCGGAGACGAUUUACAGGACAGCCGAUGGAAGACCCCUCUACGAGGCCGAGAGCCCCGAUGAGCUGGCUCUGGUGAAUGCCGCCUACAGCUACGACUGCUGCCUGCUGAACCGCAGUCCCAACCACAUCCUGGUCAGCAUGCCCACCUCGGCCACCCCGGUGGAGUACGAGAUCCUCAAGAUCCUGCCCUUCGACUCCAGUCGCAAGUGCAUGUCGAUUGUGGUGCGGCGCACGGGUACCCAGGAGAUCAUCCUGUACACCAAGGGAGCCGAUAGCUCCAUAAUGCCAGUGCUGGCCCCCUGCCCCAACAACAGUCCCGAGGGGAUACUCCGGGAGCAGACACAGCAGCAACUGGAUCGGUAUGCCCGUGAGGGUCUGCGCAUCCUGGUGAUGGCCAAGAGGACCUUGAACUCCGCGGACUACACCGAUUGGUGGGCCCGCCAUCAGGAGAUCGAGAUGUCGCUGGAGAAUCGCGAGCGAAGACUUCGCGACUCGUUCGCCAAGCUGGAGAGCAAUCUGACCCUGCUCGGAGCCACGGGCAUUGAGGAUCGCCUCCAGGACGGAGUUCCCGAGACGAUAGCCUCGCUCCUGGCUGCCGGUGUCUCCGUGUGGGUGCUGACGGGGGAUAAGCCCGAAACGGCCAUUAAUAUUGCCUACUCGGCGAAGCUAUUCACCCAGCAAAUGGAGCUGAUCAAGCUAACAGCACGAUCUCGGGAUGCGGCGGAAACGGCCAUAAACUUCUAUUUGACUGACAUGGAGAAUGCCAAGGCCACGUCCUCGCUGGGCUACGGCCAGACGCUGAGGAAGAAGCAACGCGCCUUGGUGGUGGAUGGCAAGACCCUCACCUUUAUCCUGGAUCCAAAAUCCAAACUCAUUCUGCCAUUUCUGCGUCUGGCCAAGCGUUGCGCUUCGGUGCUCUGCUGCCGCUCCACACCGCUCCAGAAAGCAUACCUAGUCAAGGUGGUCAAGGAGGAGCUGAAUCUGCGAACGCUGGCCAUCGGCGACGGAGCCAACGACGUGUCCAUGAUCCAGAUGGCCGACGUGGGCGUCGGCAUCUCCGGCCAGGAGGGCAUGCAGGCUGUGAUGGCCGCCGACUUCACCCUGUCCCGGUUUCGUUACCUGGAGCGGGUGUUGCUCUCCCACGGAUACUGGUGCUACGAUCGACUCUCCCGAAUGAUUCUGUACUUCUUUUACAAGAAUGCGGCCUUUGUCUUUCUGAUAUUCUGGUACCAGCUGUACUGCGGCUUCUCUGGCUCCGUGAUGAUGGACCAGAUGUACUUGAUGCUCUACAACCUGAUCUUCACCUCCCUGCCGCCGCUGGCCAUUGGUGUGUACGACAAGCGUGUGCCCGAAGACCUUCUCUUGAAGAAUCCAUAUCUCUACAAGAAUGGUCGGUUGGGCGUCGCAUAUAGGCCGCACGACUUUUGGGUGAUACUGCUCGAUGCUCUCUACCAGAGUCUGGUGAUAUUCUUCGUGGCGCUGUGCGCCUACGCGGAAAGCGAUGUCGGCAUCUGGGAGUUUGGAACAACCAUAACGGCCUCCUGUCUGUUUGCCAACCUGGUGCACUGUGCCAUCGAAAUACGUUCCUGGACCGUGCUUCAUGUCAUAUCCAUAGCGGUCAGCUUGGCUUCCUUCUACCUCUUCUCGAUUGUGUACAACUCCAUGUGCGUCAAUUGCUUUGGACUGCCCUCCACCUACUGGGUGAUCUUUGUGUGCUUUGGCUCCGCUGUCCACUGGCUGGUGAUAUUGCUAUCCACAGUGGUUGCUGUGCUGCCACGCCUUCUACUGACCACCGUGCGCAUCUCGCUCUGUCCGGAUGACAGCACCAAGGUCAUCCUGCAAAGCAAGCGGGAGCGCAGCAGAGGUGAGGGUUUAUUAGUUACAUGGUCGCGGUCCACAUCAGCCUCAUCGAUCUAUAGAAUCACCGAUUAUGGGUCUAAGAAUCAGAUUAUAACAACGAUUACCUGAUCGAGGGCCAACCUGCAACAACUCAUCGGCUAUCUCGGCAAACACCUAGGAUAAGGACACCAACCUCGAUCACAUGUGCUUUCACAUCAAAUAUGUGGCCUUCGACACCGAUUAUUAUAAAGAUUUUGUAUUAGUUCUGUAGACCAUGAUUUGUUUGUAGCUUCCUUGAGGGAACUAUCUUAGAUUGAAUGUACUUAGUGACCAAUUGAAUUAAAUUGUUUAGCGAAUUAUUUGUUAAAUCAGAGAAUAGUCCCUAAAAAGUCCCUAAACUAAAGUUGCACAAUUGCACUUAUGUCAUACUAUAUAUAGUUUACAUAAUUUAUUUGUAUAUAAGUAGAGAGUUAGCAACAUAAAAUCGACUAUUGUUAAACAGAAGCGAAAAUACAAUGCUAAUUACAGGUCGGUACUAUGUACGAUGAGCGACUAAACUUAGCCUAAGCGACUAAAACUAUGUAAUAUCACCCUAAAACCGAAAUACUUGACAAUUCAAACACAACAGAACUGCAUUGUUAGUUCGAUGAAAAGGCUGUGAUUCUACACUCAUGAAGAAUAAACCUAAGCAUAAGAUAUAUAUACACCUACCUAAACUAUAUAUAUAUUCAUAGACCAGUAUGUUAGAUGUAUGGAACACCUGUUUCUGUUUCCCUACCUUGAUUUUAUUGAGACCCUGGCAAUGACAAGUGGUAUUAAUCGAUUGUUGUAAUCCAUUAGUUGUACUAAACCAUUACCAUACUCCUUGUAGUUCUCUUCAAAAACGAUAAUAGCCUUAAGACAAGCCCUAAAUGCAAUUCGAAAUUAAUGAUUAGGUACGUUACCAGAGAGCAAAAAUCGUUAGCUGAAUAUUUACAUACAUUGUUGAAAAGCAAGAAAUCAUUAAAUGAAAUAAAUGUAUAUUUACCUU